AUGACCGUCUCGCUCGAAGAAAUCUCCCACCACUCCUACAUUGACCGCGAGCUUUCGGCGAACCUGGACUCCACCGAUGCGUUCGAGGGCCCUGAAAAGCUCUUGGAAAUUUGGUUUUACAAGAGUGCCCGCUCCGUGCCCGACCAAAACAAGACUUUGCGGUCGAUUGAGUUCAGCACUUGGGUGCGGCUGCUGGAACUGGUCAAGUGCCAAGUGCUUUCCAUGAAGCAAACCGACAAAAUGAACGCUUUUUUGCUCAGCGAAUCCUCGCUGUUUGUGUUCGACCACAAGCUCACACUCAAGACGUGUGGCACCACCACCACGCUCUCCUGUUUGGAAGAGCUGUUCCGCACUGUUAGGGACCACCUCGGCUGGAAUUUCUGUUUGCAGGGCAAGGUGAACCCUUACAAGGUGUUCUACUCCAGACGCUGCUUUAUGUUCCCAAAGAAGCAACAGGGCAUCCACCGCAAUUGGGACGACGAGACCCAGUUCUUGGACAAGUUUUUCAGCAACGGGAAGAGCUACUUGGUCGGCCGGCUGGGCCAAGCCAGUCACUGGAACUUGUAUGUGACAGAGACGAGCCGUGAAACGUCCGUUGGUGGCAAAGACGACGACGAUGAUGAAACUCUGGAGAUGCUCAUGACGGGCCUGCGGCCUGCUAAAGCCGCACAGUUCGUCACCGCCCGCGAGCCUGGCCAGCUCGUAGAGGACGACCGCGACGACGAGGGUCACGUGCUUGGAGCCCACGUCACCUCGGUCACCAAACUGGACCAGGUCUACGACAACGUCCAGCAAGUUGCGUUACAGCAAGAUGCAUUCGCGUUCACGCCCUGUGGCUACUCUGCGAACGUCACUUUGGACCACGAGUACUACUACACCCUGCACGUGACCCCCGAGUGCGGCUGGUCCUACGCUUCUUUCGAAAGCAACGUCCCGGUGCAUCAAGUGUCAAACGGGACCCAGGACAAUGUUUCCGUGAUGCAGCGCGUGUUGUCCAUCUUCCAGCCUUCGGAUUUCUGUCUCACGUUCUUCUCGCGUCACGUACAAAACGACAGCUUUCACAAGCUCACCAAACUCACCAAAACUCUGGCCAACUAUGUUUGCAAGGACAAGAUUGUCUACGAUCUAGACGACUACCAAUUGCUGUACCUACGGUAUGAACGCACCGACUGA